GAUCCCCAGUUUCCCCAGUCUCCCCAGACCUUUAGCACCAGAACGGAAUACGGCCCAGCAUUAGCGUACAUCAUGGUGGACUUUCCCCGUGCCUCGAUGGGAACAUAAAGAGGAGCCGGUCCAGCCCUUCGUGUUCCCACCUGGGUUCACUCCGUCCUUCAUCCCCAGACAGGAAGGUAGCCGGCCAUCUACCACCUAGUUGACCACACCCUACCCGAUUCGCUUCGACCUUAGGUUGCCAGUCCAGUCAAUUGUGCAACCAUGGCAGACGGCGGAGUCGGAGUCCUCGCCCACAAGGCUUCGGGCGACCUUGAAGACAUAGAAGACGGGCCCCAGGUGACCGAGACCGAGAACCAGCGCGUCACUCUAACAGAGGAAGAUAACCGCCGCAUCCUCCGCAAAACAGACCUGACCAUUCUCCCCAUCCUCGCUUGGGUCUACUUCCUCCAAAUCCUCGACAAGACCGUGCUCGGCUACGGCGCCAUCUUCGGCCUGCGCGAAGACGCCCACCUCCAAGGCAACCAGUACAGUCUGAUUGGGUCCAUUGCCCCCAUCGCCCAGCUAGCAUGGCAGCCUUUUUCCUCGAUUCUGAUCAUCAAGGUCCCGCAUCGCAUCCUGAUGUCCGUUCUCGUUCUCGGCUGGGGCAUCGCCCAAUGUCUGACGCCCCUGUGCAAGACCUUUUCUGCCCUGCUGGCUGUUCGCUUCUUCUUGGGCCUGUUCGAGGCCGGUUGUUUGCCGCUGUUCUCCGUCAUCACGGCGCAUUGGUACCGGAGGAGCGAGCAGCCCGUCAGAGUGGCGGGGUGGUACGGCACCAAUGGUCUGGCAACCAUCUUUGCGGCGGCGCUGUCGUUUGGUUUGGCCAAGAUCCAUAGCCACGUGUUGGCGUCGUGGCAGAUUAUCUUUUUGUUCACGGGGCUGAUGACGGUUGUUACGGUGCCCUUCAUUUACUGGAAGCUGGAUAACAACGUCCAUUCGGCAAGGUUUUUGACUGCGGAGGAGAAGCUAAAGGCCAUUGAGCGGUUGAGGGCCAACAACAACGGCACCAGCGAUGGCGAGGCGCACAAGUUCAAGUGGGCCCAGGUUGGAGAGGUUUUCUUGGAUAUCAAAACAUACCUCUUCAUUGCCAUGUCUUUGGCAAAUAACCUCGGCGCACAGGUGGUCAACACCUUUGGUCCGUUGAUUCUGAGCGGCCUAGGAUUCGACAACCACAAGACCACGCUGCUCAACAUCCCCUUCGGCGCCGUCCAGUACGUUGUCAUUCUCGGCGUCGCCUGGACGAGUGUGAAGUUGCGGUCGGGCAAGGGUUUUGCCCUCUUGAUUAUUCUCCUCCCCAUCCUGGCGGGCAUCUCUAUGCUCUAUGUCCUUCCCCGUGACAAGUCGCACAUUGCGCCCCUGCUGGUGGGCUACUACUUCCUCGCCUUCAUCUUUGGCUGCAACACGCUGGUGGUCUCGUGGAUUCUCGCGAACACUGCGGGAUCGACCAAGAGCAGUAUCAUGAUGUCGCUGUUCAACGCUGCUUCUUCGGCGGGCAACAUCAUUGGCCCCUUGUUGUUCGACACGGCCGAUGCCCCUGCUUACACGCCCGGGCUAAAGGCCACGCUGGGAGUGUACAGCAUGAUGGCGGCGGUUGUGCUGCUGCAGCUGGGCAACUUGGUAUUGCUGAACAAGAUGCAGGAGAAGAAGCGCGUGGCGAAUGGCAAGCCGGCCAAGCUGCAUGAUGCUUCGAUGGAUAAGAAGUUCAAUGCGGCGGGUGCCGCCCAAGCCCAAGAAGGCGACAUUGGAAGUCGGGCGUUCUUGGACCUGACGGAUCGUCAGAACGACGAGUUCAUUUAUGUAUAUUAGUCUUUUUUUGGCCUGCUUUCUCCCAUUGUGCUUG